AUGAUCCAGGCAUUAGUAGUAAAGGCCCAGGAUAAGAUAGAAAGAAAAAAUACUAGAUUGAAACUCUAUGAACAUAAAGAAUAUGGCAAAGCCUUUUUACAUCACAGUCAUCUUCAGAUACAUAAAAGAACACAUACUGGAGAGAAGGCCUAUGAAUGUAAUCAGUGUGGUAAAGUCUUUGCAUGUCACAGUCAUUUACAAGUACAUAAAAGAACACAUACUGGAGAGAAACCCUAUGAAUUUAAUCAGUGUGGAAAAGCCUUUGCAUGCCAUAGUCAACUACAGGUACAUAAAAGAACACAUACUGGAGAGAAGGCUUAUGAAUGUAAUCAGUGUGGAAAAGCCUUUGCACGUCACAGUAGUCUCCAAAUACAUGAAAGAAUCCAUACUGGAGAGAAGCCCUAUGAAUCUAAUCAGUGUGGAAAAGCCUUUGCAUGUCACAGUAGAAUCCGAAAACAUGAAAGAAGCCAUACUGGAGAGAAGCCCUAUGAAUGUAAUCAGUGAUGAAAAGCCUUUGCAUGCCAUUGUCAUCUCCAAGUACAUAUAAGAACUCAUACUGGAGAGAAAUCUAAUGAAUGUAAUUAGUGUGAUAAAGCCUUUGCUUUGCUUAUAGCAUAGUUAUUUUGAAGGUGCUUCAAUGCCUGUGUUAUAGGAAUGAAUGCUUAUAAGAGAGAAACUUUCAUGUGUGAAAAACUGUUUAAAGAGUUGUUUUAAUUGUAAUUAUGUGAUGUCAUAUGUUUGUGUGGGUACAUAAAUUUUUCAUGUUGGCUUCUGAGAAUGUUCGACCCUAGGAUCUUCUUGUAGCAAGAAUUACAGGAAGUUGUCAAAAAUUAUGCCUUGGUCCUAGGAAUGAAUAUUUCUUAAUUGCCCAGCCAUGUUUCUAGUGCUGUAAAUAUUUUAAAGUCUAUUUGUAUCAUGUUGAAUUCAAGAAAUACGGAUAAACUCAUAUGAGAGAAAAACUGUAUUCCUGAAAAUGAUUUUGUAAAAACAUUAGACAUCACAGUUGUCUUCAGCUUCAAGAAAAAAAAAUGUUUCAUUUUUUUUUUGUAAUAGCUAGCCUUGGAGGAAGUAAAUCAUUUACCAUGUUCACUUAAGACUGAUGUUAGAGAUCACUUCAUUGUGGUUUCUACUUUGAAACAUUUGAAAUGAA